AGUAUCCUCUAGGCAGUAGGGAUGCUGCGCGAAGGCAGUAUUACUGCGCAAGCGCUUACGGACACCCGUGUGACAGCGGGAUCUAGAUCCGCGGAUUGACGACACGAUGACAACAAUGAUUGGACGAUUAGUCAUCGCAACUUUUUGUUUGCAGACCUUUUAUUAUGGUUUGUUAGACGCAGCGAAACAGCAUGUCCAACUAUCGGAUUCAUAUUUACCGGUAGCGAUGCAAGUGAUAGCACAUCUCACAGACCAGAUGGCGUUUGAAGUUAAAGAAGAGGCAACGACAACGAAGCCGACCAAGCCGACAACGAAACCGACAACGCCUAAACCUUUGUACGUCACAUCUGAUUACUUUGACACAUUGAGACCCAGAUUUGAAAGGUGGUGGAUGUCUGGCAAUAAGAGAGAUGUGACAACACCCUUCCAUCGGCCUGGAUACUACGCUCCUUCAGCGCCACCCAAGCCCUCCGAAAGGAUUAAAGCUCAAAAACAGCAACAGUACAAGUUCCAAAGCCCUCCACAGAACCAACAACAAAAUAAUAUUCCGGCACCGAAUCAACAAUUCAAUAGUCCACCACCAAAUCAACAAUACAAUGCUCCACAACAGAAUCAACAACAGUACAAUAUUCCUCCACAGAAUCAACAACAGUACAAUAUUCCUCCACAGAAUCAACAACAGUACAAUAUUCCUCCACAGAAUCAACAAGAGUACAAUAUUCCGCCACAAAGUCAACAAGAGUAUAAUAUUCCGACACAGGGUCAGCAACAGUAUAAUGUUCCAACCGAAAAUCAACAAUACAACAUUCCGACUCAGAACCAACAACAAUACAAUAACCAACCAGAGACUCAGCAACAAUAUGUCUCCUCAACACAAAACCAGCAACAACCCUUUACAACACAAUAUCAGCAACAAUAUAACAUUCCGACGCAAAGUCAACAACAAUAUGAAAUCUCGCAACAGUAUAACACUCAGACACAAAAUCAACAAUACGAUUUCCCGCCACAGAUUCAACAACAAUACAAUGCUCCAUUCCAAAACCAACCAUUCAACGUCACACAGAAUCAACAAACCAACUUCUACUCUCAACAAUACAAUCCAUUGAUCCAAAAUCAGCAAUACCCACAACAAAACCAACAAUACGGGGUCAUGACAUUCGACUUUCCACAAUACAACCCAAUCCAACCCCAAAACGUAAGAAGUGAAGAGCCAUUAUUGUCUGCACAUCAUGAAGAAGUUAAGCCAUUAUUAGAACCGACACCUGAUGCAUCUCAUUUAUUACCACCUCAUUUUGAAUCCGACUUCGACAAGAUUUCAAGUCGCUCUAAAGGUUUUGACUUGGACGAAAUAUCUGAAGAUAAUCUUCAGUAUUUGUCCAAAAAUGUAAGAGAAAUGAUCAGAAUGGCAUACGAUCCAAAUGAUGAUCGUUUAGUUGACGUUUGGGAAGGACUGAGAGCGAAUCCAGCAGAACCAGGUCCUAAAGGGAAACUAUCGUCCUCAAACCUACGUCUGUUGCUUUUGUACGAUCUUUUGAGCAGAGAAGCGAAGAGACAGCGACUCUCAGACUAUAGUGGUUUCUCUCCAGAUGUAAUGAAAACUCUGGUAGAGUCAUCUAGCGGCGGUGCAAGAGAACAGUUAAGAAUGGCUCUAUCUAAAAUGGUCGACCGUCACGAUUGUGAACAUGAAUACGCGAACAACCGCGCUAAGGAAAUGGUAGCGGAACUUGCGAAAGACGAGUCCAAAUUAUCUUCAGAGAUCAGAUAUCUCCAGCCUUUAGUUUAUAAGUACUAGUGAUUUUCGCAUUUAUUUCUUGUCUGCAUUUAUAAGCUAAGCCUAAGUUACUAAAUUACUAAAU